GCAGUUGUUGUGCCGGCUUCGUUCGAAUCGGUUUACGAUUCUACAUCGACUUGACCUCUACGCCACCAAAAAAAAAGUUGUAGAUUGUAACUCAUUAGUCAACUUCCGAUCAAAAUGGUUUCCAACAAAACGUUCUUCUCCUGGGCCUAUGUUUAUUGUGGGUUGGGAUUCGUUGGGGCGCUGCGAUCUGUCCUUCUCGGACUUAUGGACACUCAUUUAGGCAUCGGGUACCGAGUAAACUUGCUUGUCAACGGCUUGACGUGUUGCUUUUUCAUCGGCGUUUUGCUAGCCGGAGUAAUACAGCGACGGGCCUCGUUUAUUCGAGCUUACAUCCUGUACCUGAAAAUUCACUUCACAGUCGGUAUGAUCCUGCUCGUUCUGUUUCAAAUUGGUCUUGUCCUGUUUGCCUCAUCCUACGAUGAUGAGAAAAACAAAGCGGAAGUUCAAGCGGUCUCGUUUAUUGUCCUUUGCGUUAUGGCAUUUGUGAUGGCUUUGGCAAUCGCCUUCUUCUUCUUUGCGCUGUGGAUCCUAAAGGGGACUCUGAGGGCGGUGGAACAGGAACUCGGCAAAACUCACUUUGCAUUGACGACUCCAGAAAAGAAGGGAUUGGAAGUGUGAUCGGGUUGAUAACAUUCUACCUUUUUGAGAUAUUGUGCCCAACGUCUUCUCACUUUACGAUGGUCUGCCUACUUUAAGAUGUUAUCUAUGAUUGAUAUCUUCGAAAAGUCAUAAAAAAAUAAAAUAUCUAAUUCCAUCACGCUGCAAAUACAUUAGAUUUUUAUAUUGGAAAUCUAGGUAGAAAAAGUUUAGAGUGUAUUUCUACAUUAAAGUGAUUUUUUAGCUUCCAGAAAGUUGAAAAAAAUGGCAUCACUUGAAAGUAACAUUGCGAAAUAAAAAUCGUAAAAACAAA